AACAGUGCAGUUUGAUCUUCUCGAAGGUUAUUGCAGUGUGAUAAGCACAGUUGCUUGGCUAAGUGCAAUGCUGAGAGGAGUGGGUGGAAGAUAAUAAGUGAAAAGAAAGGUGCGUUCAAGGUUUGAGGCCCAGUUUGUUCGUGUGCCCAAGGAACUUUUGGCACCUCUGCUGAACGCCGUCAAGAAACAGUCUCCGGACGAUCCAGAUCCAGGACCAAGCCUUUCUCUUACAUCUCUGUCAACAAGGGAAGGGUUGACAACUGCAGCACCAACAGGACGAUGACCACAGCCUCAAAGAAAUGGAUAAGACAAACAAAGAGAAUUUCCCACAGUGCAGCAGUACCUCGGAAGAUCACCAUCUGUCAGCGCGAGGCACUUUACAACAUGCCGAAAAGAAAGUACUCGGUAGAGCAGAACAUCAAGAUGGAGAUAAUCAAAAUGCAAAGAGGUCAAAACCCAGCUCAGGGGCACAAGCAGUACAACAUCAGGAUGCGAUGGUGAGGGGGACUCCUUCACUGGCAGACAGCAGAGGGAAAACAGAGACAGCCGUUACCAAACAUGCUGAAGACUCUGCACUGAAACAAGGAGAAUGUUGCAAUAGAGAGAACAUGUCACCUGAACAGGCUGAACAAGAAACCACAGACAAAGCACGGGAUUCCAAUGAGAGCUCGUUGAUGAAGCUACAAACCUUUGAUGUUGACCUGUGCUCAACAUUUUUACCGAGCCCGGAGGAAAGUGCUGCAACACAACAUAGCAAGGAGCAAACACUUCAGACAGGUCAGAAUGGGAUUGCUGAUGAAGGGAGCAACGGUGAGCACAGUACCAUCAUUGCCCCUAUUAUUGAUUUCAAAUUAAUGCAUCAGCAAAGAGAUAGUGAUGAGCCAAUUCCAGCCUUUGAAAGCUGGCAGAGUGAGCUGGAAAAUGGAGUAGAAGCUCAUCGAUCCCUGGGAGCUGGCAGUUUGCUGCAUCACAUAGCAGAAGGUGACAAUCCGCUAAUAUCACCACGUUGCUCAAGCUUUAGCAAGAGUCAAAGAUUUGUAUUGGAUACAGAGGCUGCCCCCUCUCCACCAAAUGCUCAGCUCUUUAUCAUGCCAAGAAACUCUUCACUGGUCAAUUCAGAAGCUGAGAACAGUCCAAUGUUGGUGACGCAACUGACAAAACAGAUCCAGAAUUUGAGAAAGAAAAUACGAAAAUAUGAAGAAAAAUUUGAGCAAGAAAAGAAUUACCGACCCUCCCACAGUGAUAAAGUUGGCAAUCCAGAAGUCAUGAGGUGGAUGAAUGAUCUGACAAGGGCCCGUAAGCAAUUAAAAGAGCUGAAACUGAAGAUCUCCGAGGAAGAGAAUAACAGACGGCACAGACAUCGAAGCAACCUGUUGCCUAUAAACUCCAGGCAGGACAAAGAAAACAAGCACCACACAUCAGUGGAAUCCCAGCAGAAACCAAGUGUUGAGGAAACAGUACAAAUUGUGAUGAGAAAGCUCAAAGAAAAGCAGGAAAUUCUUGGUCUUCCGGAGGAUGUUAAGGAAAUGACACAAAAGCAACUGAGGUUAGAUAAGGUCAACAUGCAAAAUUGCCUAUUGCAUUUUGAAAGCAUUUAUGGACGACCGGUGAACAAACAGGAAAAACAGUUAAUGAAGCCUCUGUAUGACCGAUAUCGAAGCAUCAGGCAGCUUCUGUCUCCUGCAGCAGCAAUCCCCACUAUUGAAGAAGAGGGUUCUGAUGAAGAAACUAUCCUGAAGAGUUGUGAAAUAUCUACCAGACCAACAGCUGAUUUUCCUUUCCAAGAAUUUGUAGAUAAUGUAGAUCAUCGAGAGGAAGAUCGUGAACCUGGAUUUCUUUCUCCUCCAGAUGAAAAGAAAGACACCAAGCAACCAUCUGCUUCACUUUCCAAUCUACAUGAAGCAUCCAUGCCCGAAUUGUUGGAACAUCUUCGUGAAGCUCGAUCACAGAAGAAGAAACUCCGCAAAGUUCUCCGAGAGUUUGAAGAGCAAUUUUUCAAACAAACAGGAAGGAAUGUACUGAAAGAAGAUCGCAUACCAAUGGCUGAAGAAUAUAGCGAGUACAAACAUAUAAAAGCCAAACUUCGUUUGUUGGAGGUACUCAUAACUAAGCGCGAUGGUUCAAAAGCAGUCUUGAGUUCUUAAAGACAAACCUCACACAGAAGACAAUUUUCCUGCCCUUAAUUGAACCAGAUGAAAUUAUUCAACCCUUUCUAAAGCUCUGGAUACUUCAUCCUCGCAUUUGUGCCAUAGAAACACUUGGCUGCACUUUAUUAUUCACCGAAGUCUGCAAAUUCCAACUGUGACUGCAAAAAUGAACACUAGGGUUGCCGAGCAACUAAUCAGAGUCACUGUCACUAAUGACAACAAACGUUACAAGAUGCACUGAUGAUAUUUUUGAGUAGGUAGCUUUGACAAUUUUAUGAAAUAGACCCUAUUCUGGACAAUGAUGAACUCAGAAUAGUUGAAUUAUUUCUCGGCAAGGCACGUGUUUAGGAGGGAGACGUUUAUUUGAUGGUGUCCAUGUGAGACACCAUAGCACUUUAUUUAUGUCAUUGUGAACUGAAAAAAAGUGUCAUGUACAACCAAAAAAAACAGCCUGCCUUUUUUUGCUCGUGUGUUUUGAUGGUUUCUUCAGUUUUUAUCACAUUGAGUAGUCAAUUACAGUUUAAAUACAAAGAUUGCCAUUUCUUGUUUGAUCAUUGAAGGGAUUAAAAAGGAAAUUCAAAGUGAAUUUAUAAUUGUUUGGACUCCAAUCCCAAUCUUUGUGGCCAUUUGAAACAGGGUCAAGUUGCAGCUCUUUAACUAUUUCAGAUUCAAGGGAUUGACAUCCCUUUAUAUUGUCCACUAGAAAUGUCAUUUAUAUUUUUGGUAAUUAUUUGCUGAAAAAUGUUUGUAAUGUUUUGUAAUUUAGGACAUUCAUAAAGUGUAUCAUUCUGAAAUAGG